GAGUAUGAUGGUGACAGAAAAACAGCAAAAGCUAUACCUAAAAUGGAUAAAGAAUUUCUUAAGCGCGUGGGGCAGUUGGGAGAAGAAGAAGAAGAAGCAAAGGAAAAAGUAGAGCAGAGAGACUCAUCUCUCGGCUAUAAAAACAGAGAGAGGGUCACAACACAAAUCACUACUACAGAACAACACAGAGCAAGAGAUCAAAUAGCAAAAAACUUAUAAUAUUCUUUCAAAAGCAAAAAUGGGGAUCGUAGCAUUCAACUGGACAGAGGGAAACAACAACCAACUCACGCUGCUGAUGAACAGAGACAAUUGGGAAAACAGGGUCAUAAGUGGGGCAUCUUGGAGUCGAAACGGCCAGAUUUUGAGUGGUCGGUGCAAAGCUAACAACGGAACGUGGUUUGGUAUCACUAAACGAGGCCGAGUCGCUUUUCUCGUGAAUACAUCGUUGUUGUUAGACCGCGUUAAGGCAAACAGCGGCUCGGAGUUGUAUCCCGUUCAUUUCUUGGAGGGCAAUAUGAGUCCAGACCAGUUUGCCAACGAACUGAGACUGCAUGAAAAGCAGAGUAAUGAAAGGCAUGUCUAUAGUCUUAUCGUUGCAGACAUGACUUCGAGUUCAAUGGUUCAUAUCCUGAAACCCUUGGAUACUAAGUCGGAUGUCAUAAUAGAGACCGUUCCGUUUGGUGUGCAUACACUUUCUUCUUACCAGGGCCUCGAUUCCACAGAAUCUUCCAGGGAUUCACGCCUGAGAGGCCUUUUUAGCCAGAUGAUUGUUGAUUUGGGAAACAUUGAAAAAUCACAGAUGGAGGGGAUUGCUGGAAGGUUUAUGUAUGAUGCUGCAGGAGGAAGAGACGCGGUGUUUCUCCAAACUAGAGAUGAUCAUCCUUCUGGAAAUCUUGGAAGCCAACGCUUUGGAACAACAAGUACGACAGCAUUGGUUGUGAAACGCACCAAGGAAGUGAUGCUCUUUGAGAGGUACAUGGAGGAGAAUGGUGCAUGGACCAAGAACCACUUCGCUUUCAACAUCCAGUAGAGUUACAAAGAAGCUUUGGGCAGCAUCCGAAUAUUAUAUUAUAGUAGUAAAUAAUCUUGUUGAUGCUGUAAAUACAUCUUUUUAAUUAACCUUGUUAAGAUUCAGGGAAACUUAUUUCCUUGGUUUCUAGUCUAUGAACAUUAUGCUUGAUAUAAAUUAAUAAAUAGUGGAUUUUCUUAAA